GAGAGUCGACCCAAAAAUCACUUCGUGACAGGAAGCCGGUGUUUUUCCCUUGAUUUCAGGUUUUUGAAAAAAUGACCUGGCAUCCCUGUGCCUGAGGAUAUUGGAAAUUUGUACCUGGCAUCUCCGUGUCGAAAUCAAAAAUGCUGUUAUCAUUAAUUUAAUUGUACUGUAGUAUUUUCCGUGAUUGUAUUGCAUUGUAUUUUUUUUCAAAUAUGAAACGGAUUUUGGCACAGUGAAUAUAUAAAAUGGAUAUAACGUCAUUAUUUAAAGCAUCUGUAAAGACAGUUCGCUUAAAAUCGUCUCUUGAUGCGUUUCCUACAGCGGACAAGUCGAGAAUACUUACUAAGAGAACACACAGUGAGUUCAGUGAAAAAGCGAAAAAAAUUCGCUAUCAGAUCACCCAAUUGAAAAAUUUGCUUGUUGAAAACCGUACUGCCUACAUGCAAUUUGCUUACCACCUUAAAAAUUCUGCCCAAAUGACCAAUGAAGAACGAGAUAUAAUAGAUCGCGAGUCUGAGAACAUAAUUCGACUGUGUACGGCAAUGCUUAAUGAUUUCAAAGACGAUUGUAGGAAAUCGAAACACGGCAAGCAGAUGAACGAAUUCAUGGAUCUGGUGAUAGAGACCCUAUCCAACUACAUGAGUGCCGUCCAUCAUAUCGCAAACGAGCAGAGACAGUUUCGAAUUCAAAGGGAACUUGAGACCUAUAAAUUCUUAAAACUAAAUUCUGACCGUAAAUCCCUUGCACCCAUUCCAAGAAGUCUACCAAAAGAAAAGAAUGAAAAGACAAACAAUAAACGAUUAUUGCAAAACAACGCAUUAGAAGGGUUUGUAGAUCGACAGGAAAAUACCAAAUCCAAGAUAGUUUCUCAAGACGUCGAGCUUGUAAACAAUGGUUCAUUUCUAGAAGACGUUGAGGAUCUUAGCCCUGAAGAUAUGCAGAUAUUCGAGUCAGAAAACGUUCAAUUGUAUAAUGAAUUGAAAAGUCUUUCAGAGGAGGUAGAACAAAUAGAAAAAAGUGUUGUGGACAUAGCACAAUUGCAAGAAAUUUUCACUGAAAAGAUUUCUAUGCAAAAGUCUGAUAUUGAACGGAUUGCUAACACAGUGAUAGGUGCUACAGAAAAUGUUAAAGAUGCCAAUGAUCAAAUUAAACAAGCAAUACAACGCAAUGCUGGUUUGCGGGUGUGGGUGUUAUUUUUUCUCAUUGUCCUAUCGCUAACACUCCUAUUCCUAGAUUGGUACAAUGAUUGAGUCUUGAUAUAAAAUAUCAGUAAAAAAGUAAAAACACUAUGUAGAAAUUUAUUAUUUAAUCUUUUGACAUGAUGGGUUGAAUGUAUAAACUUAGAAUAUUUCCAUCCUAUAAACAUGCCCCAUGAUCGCUUCUCCUGGCUGAUUCUUGAUUCAAGGAGAAUGUAUUUAGUUGAUCGUGAUUCAGAUUGAUUGCGAUUCGGUGUUAAUCUGAUGUGCAAAAAAACUGAUGAACAUAACAAAAAUUCUAGUACCGCUUGCAUUUUCAUAUGUGUGCGUGUAACAUUUUCAAUAGGCGAGCUUGUUUUCUUAGGGCGUGUUCAGCAGUGUUCUAGUUCUAGAUGCAUAAUUUUUUUUUCAGUUUUAAAAUAUAAAUCUAGAAAUUGUAAGAUCAAAUUUAGCAGCAGCAAGAUUAUAAGAGCAAAUUCAGCAGCUGGCAGAAUUCCGGCAAAAAGGGGGUAUCUACCCGCCGCGUACACCCACUUGUUCGCGGUGGGCAGAUUUUCUCACAGACGCCCGCUUGUGAGGAAUUCUGGCAAUCGUCGAGGGGGACGACAGAUCUGGUUUUUUCAAAUAAAAUACAAAAAGUAAAUGGAAAGCGAAAAAAACUACAUCUAUCCAAACAUCUAGAUCGAUCCGUUUGAAAGCGUUUCUAACCGUGUAAAAGAAAGUCAAAGAACAUAUGAUCUCUUAAAAAGUUUCUGUUACUGGUCUUGACAUUCACUGAGUGUCAACAUUGAUUCGUCAGCAGAUUGGUAAAAUGAAAUUAGGGUUAAACAACAUUGAAAAUUUUUUCUCUUAGUAGCUGGGAGCAUGAAGAUGGAAUAUAUUUCAAUUUAUUGUAGCCCUUUGAAGGUUUACCCAAAGAUAUCUCUGUCUGUGAUAUUAAACUGGUUUUAUAUUUUGUUAGAUGCUAAGACUUGCAAUUUUUAUGUUUAAAAACGUUUUUC